AUGAAGAUUAUAAGCUUCAUGCAAUGGUUCGCCGUAUUAUUCUUCCAUUGUGCACUAGCAGUGGAUAAUGUUUUCCUUGGUGACAAGAUUUAUUAUGCUGUGAAUUGCGGUGGACUGGCACACACAGAUCUUAGUGGUAUUCAUUAUCAAGCUGAUCCGUUACGCGUUGGCAUUACGUCUGAUUUUGGCAGUAGACUAACGAUAAUGAGGGUCGAUCCACGUGAUGCCAUUCUUUAUCAGACUGAGAGGUAUCACACAGAAGAUUUCACUUACACAGUGCCAUUACCAAAGGAUGAUGGCGAAUAUACAUUGGUUCUCAAAUUUUGCGAAGUUUAUUUUCAGUCUUCACAGCAAAAGGUGUUUGAUGUUCUACUUAACGAUGAAAUAGUAAUCGCAGAGUUAGAUAUAUUCAAGGAAGCAGAAGGAAUUGGAGUUGCAUAUGAUCGUUUGCUGACAUUUCAUGUUGAAAAUGGUGUUUUGUUAUAUGGGGAUCGACAUGAUUCGUCUGGAUAUAUAAAAAUCACAUUAGCCAAGGGUGCUUUGGAUAAUCCAAAAAUAAACGCAUUUUACAUUUAUCGUGGCCCCAAAACGGAUAUCCCAGUUCUACGAGACAUAUCAUUUGAUGAAGAAAUAGAAAAAGAGGAAGAUGAGGAGUUUGAUGAAGCAGACAUCGAGUUGCGUACUGAAGUCAAUCGCUUCGGAGAUGAGCCCUUAGCGGAUGAUCCUUAUGCUAAGCAGGAUACAAGCCAUAUGUUCAUACCAUUUCUCAUAGCCUUCGCUUGUUUUUUUCCGGUUUUGUUUUGUUUAUUACUUUCCACGAGCAUUACUGUACUCGGUUUCGUUGGUAUUAGAAAAAAACCAAGGCAAAAUCCAUUAUCCGGAUUAACAGCUAUUGAAUCGAGCUUAUCUAUGGACACUGAUAGUGUACCACCUGCAGAUGCUCUUCGAUUACUCAAAAAGUUCUUUGGUCAUAACAGUUUCCGGCCUUUGCAGUGGACAGUGAUUCAAAAUGCGUUGAGCGGGAAAGACCAAAUAGUGAUGAUGUCCACAGGUUAUGGUAAAAGUGUUUGCUACCAGUUGCCAUCACUCUAUACCGAAAAAUUAACUAUUGUUAUAUCACCACUGAUUUCUCUCAUGAAUGACCAAGUGGAAAAUGCCCGGAGCAAUGGUAUUCAAGCUGCUUGUGUUAAUGGCGAAACAAACUUGAACGAACAGCAGUCGAUCUUCGCAUCUAAUAAUUUGCGCUUGCUUUAUAUUACCCCUGAAUUUGCUGUCCACUGCGGUUCCUUGUUAAAACAUAUUCGUAAAGAUAUUAAUUUGCUAGCAGUCGAUGAAGCUCAUUGCGUUUCUGAGUGGGGACACGAAUUCCGGCCUAGCUAUCGACAGUUGGCUAAAAUUCGUUAUCUUUUUGGUAAAAACGUCCCAGUGAUGGCCCUUACGGCUACAUCUACAGAACAAGUCAGAACGGAUAUUGCUAGCAGUUUGGAACUCCAUCAACCAGUUAUCACACUUGCACCCUUGGAUAGGCCAAAUUUGUAUUUGUCCGUACGUACUCCAACAAGUCUUGAAGGGUUAUUACAUUUGCUCAGUGAAGAUGAAAGAAAUGGGAAACAUUUCAACGGUCCAACGAUCAUUUAUUGUUCCACCCGUAUUCUGGUUGAUGAAGUUUACGAAUAUUUGUCUAAGGAAGGAGUGCAGUGCACGCGAUAUCAUGCAGGGAUGUCAACGGUAGCUAGGCGAAAGGCCCACGAAUGCUUUAUGAAAGAUCGCAUAACGACGAUUAUUGCAACUGUAGCAUUCGGUAUGGGAAUUGAUAAAGCGGAUGUACGGAAUGUUAUCCACUAUGGAGCCCCGAAAAAUAUGGAAAGUUAUUACCAAGAAAUUGGAAGAGCAGGUCGUGAUGGUUGUCCCAGCAAGUCCAUCGUAUUUUUCAAGGACCAGGAAUUGACUAAACAUCGGUACUGUAUAUUGGGGGAGCAAAGCUGGAAAGAAAACUAUAAGAAACAUCUGUUAGAAAUGCUCUCCUUAAUGGAACGAUUUCUUCACGCAGAAAGCUGCAGACGAUUCUUACUUCUAUCCCAUUUUGAUGAACGCGUGAAAAAAGAAGCAGGGAAUGUAGGAUGUUGUGAUAUAUGCGAUCAACUCAUCGGUUCUGAAAAUAGUGCUAUUGGUCGUUCAUUAACUAAUUCAAAAAAUUAUGGUAAUGAGUCAUUGAUAUUACUUCGUGCCAUCGACAUUUUUGCGGGAUGCACUGGUCUGGGAAAAGUAAUCGAUUUCAUCAAGGGGAAAGCAAAUGUUAUCCAAGCAAAGCAAAAAAGCGAAUAUUAUGGGUCAGGAAAGCACAAAACAGGAGUUUUUUGGAAGGAGUUGGGGCGCAUAUUAAGAUUGAAUGGUUACAUCACUGAAACGAAAUGCUCCUUCAACAAUUUUGCUCAUCUUAUAUCGCUUUCUGAUAAAGGACAAAAUUGGUUGUACGGGAAAAACAAGGAACUGUUCCUUGAACCAACUCCUUUGUUAAUUGGUCGAAUCCGAGUAAAUGGCGAACAUUAUAUACCUCGAAGUAACGAAUCACUUCCUUCCAAAAUAUUAAGCUUUAAAAAACAACGUGAGUACAAGGAUUACAAUUGUUACAACAAAAUAAUGCAUUCGAAGGGCAUCACUGCUUCUGAUGAGCUCGAAAAGAUGUUGUUCGAGACACGUACAAACCUGGCUAUAGAACAUAACUGUAGUACCCAUAUUAUUGCAUCAAAUAAAUGCGUUCGACAACUAGCGACGCUACGACCGUCUUGUAUGCAAAACUUGUGCAUGAUCGAAGAAAUGACGGGGGAAAAACAGCAAAAAUUUGGACAGAAGCUUAUGGAUACAGUUAUUGAAUUCUGCACUGCUCACAAUAUGUCUAUGGAUUGCAUGACCAAUUCAACUUUGCCAAGAGAAAUAGAGCAAGGAAUGUGUACACUAAAUGAAACUUGUACUGAUGUUUAUCGAAAUCAUAUCAAGGAGAAGCAGUCACUGGGUGAUUUGGCAGAAAUAUUUGCAAUAAGCGAAGGAACUGUAGCUUCGUAUUUUGUGAAUUUCGUAAAAAAUGGUCUGCCGAUAUAUCUGGAUGCUGUUGGGAUAAAGAGACAGCAGAUAGAUAUUGUUUACGGUAUUAUUCGAGAAUAUGGAUCAGACAUUUUGCAUAUAAAGCCUAUUAUGGAGGCGCUUCCAAAAGAUUUCAUAGACUACAACCGGCUAAAAAUUAUUUUCACGAUCCUGGAAUAUGAAUAUGGUGUUGUUGAAGAUUCAGAAGAAGCACCGUGCAAUGUCAUCUCAGCUGAGAACAACAACAAACGGAAUAUUCCGGAAUGGAUGAAGGCACAAGCACCGCACUUAUUGCAAAAUAGAAAAAGAAAAAAAUCAAGCUUGCUGAAAUGAUUGCAUUUUGCGAUAGACCUUUUCAAACUAUUUGUAACAUAAAUAGGCCUUGCUAUUAAAUAUUCUGCUUCAUUCUUGCUUCGUUAAUUUCACGUGUUCGACAAAUC